AUGAACAUGAGCCAUAGAAGUGAUACGAAAGCCUCUAAAUACUAUUUUUACAGGUUUUCGUGUACAGUGUUUCCAAUGGCGGGAUUCAAAAAGUUGAAAACCAUUAUUAGUUGGUUAACAAUGGCUAUUGUUGAUACGGGAUCGGCCAUCAGUUUAAUUAAUCAAGAUUUAUUAAAAACCAUCCACCACAAGAAAUUCAUCAGCAAGCCAAUUAAAUGCCAAGCCGCAAAUUCAUCCAUCAUCAACAGUAUUGGCGAGAUUGAGCUGGAAAUCAAAAUCGCUUCCAUCACAACAUAUAUUGUGGCACAAGUCACAACAAAUUUAAUAACCGGCAUAUUACUCGGUAACGAUUGGAUUAACCAACACAAAAUCCAUCUUCUCGGUGACGAACAACGAUUAACCGUCCCUAAUCGUAAAGGAAUCCGAACAUCCGUCCCUUACAUCGACCAGCCCGACAUUCACUAUCCCGUCUAUUUAGCAAAACAAAUUACGAUCCCAGCAUCUUCACAACGGCUAAUAGACGUCAAACUACAAUUAGAACAAGCCCAUGAUUUAAUCUUUCAACCAUUACAACAUUUUCAAGGAAAAUUACUCUUCCUUCCAAACACAAUGGUUAAUGUCUCUGAAAAUACCACAAAAAUCUUAUUAAUCAAUGCACAAAAUCGUCAACGAACAUUAGCUAAGAACACCAAAGUCGGCAUCAUUUCCAGAGAUCCAAAACCGACAGUUUGUCUUACUAUGCAUACAUCAUUAAAUUAUGCGCAAGUUAAGGAUCCAAUUAGCCUAUCAUUGAAGAGCAGAACCGCUCGCUUUUAUGCGAGAGAUUUCCACCGUCAAUUAGAAGCUAAAUGCAACAAAUGCCAUGAACAAUUUCUAUCCGGAAAUGAGUUGCAGCAACAUCUACGUGAGAAAUGUUAUCCGCAAGAGAUUCGUGACAGCAUACAAAAUUUAACUCAACACCUGGGAGAUCCUAACCAAAAAUCUCAAGUACAAGAUAUAUUAU